GUUCUGGGGCUACAGCUCCCUGCUGGGAAUCACGUGGUUUUGCCCGGGCCAAUCAAACGUGGGAAUCCAGUCUGCGCUUUCUUGCUGAGCGCGAGGAAGACAGUGCUCGUGUUACCGACACAUCCACAUUUACCGGGAGAAUCCUACAUUUCUACAAAAAUGUCAGACGAGAAGCCAAAGGAGGGCGUGAAGACUGAAAAUGACCACAUCAACUUGAAAGUGGCGGGUCAGGAUGGAUCUGUGGUCCAGUUCAAGAUUAAAAGGCACACCCCCCUCAGCAAACUGAUGAAGGCCUACUGUGAAAGACAGGGUUUAUCCAUAAGGCAAAUUAGAUUCAGGUUUGAUGGUCAGCCAAUCAAUGAGACGGACACACCUGCGCAGCUGGAAAUGGAAGAUGAGGACACUAUCGACGUAUUCCAGCAGCAGACGGGAGGAACCUGCUAAAGAUGCUUGUUUAUUUGUGCUCCUCUUCACUUCCACUGCAGUUCAGGGCUGAAAUGGAAAAGGUUUUGGAAAUCAAAUCUGUUUAAGUUAAUAGCUUUUUUUUUUUUUUUUUUUUUUUAAUCAUCCAAAGACCUCAUUUCCGUCUUUGCAAUGUUCUCCCUGAACUAAAUUGGAAAUGACAGUUAGUAAUGUUUUUUCCCCCCCUUUUGGAGCUUGUAUGCCUGUUGUAUACGUUUUUGUAUUAUGUACGUAUGUUUUCACCUCCCCCAUCUAUUUUUAUACACAAGGAGGGAAGCUUUGUGAAAGAGGAUGUUUGUGACUUCUUAGUAUGGUCCCAGAAUUUCUUUAAUUGCGGUAAACAACUAAACUUUAAGAUGCCCUUUUUAUGAUCGGUUUCGAACGGUGACAUUGCAGCAUUGUGUUUUUCUGACACCUCAGGUUUGAUAAAGCUAGAUUGUGGAUCGUAUACCGGUAGCCAUUUUUGAUUUUAAAAGUUUUGAUGCAUAUGUCUUUAAAAGUUUGCUGUUUGCUUAAGUAUGAAUUUCAUGAUAUACAAACUAUGUGUUGCCCUUGAUUUUAUCGUCUCAUAGUUUGCCCUCUGCAAAUACAUCAUAUAGUAACUUCACUCUCAUUUAGCUUUUCUGGCCUAUCAAGAGUAUUGAACACUAUCCUGGUCUAAUUGCAACUCCACAGUGAAUUCAAGCCAAUGUGAGUGUUGUAAUGGGAAUAGCAGGGGUGUUUGGGAGAGCAGAGGAUCCUAUGUUGGCAAUUUACUACUGUAUAUAAUAAAUAUAGUUUGAUACUGA